AUGAAGACCGCUUUUCUGGUGGCAAUCACUUCCACAAAGAGGAUUGCAGAACUUCAGUCUCUCCUGGCUAACAAGGUUUCCCUUAAGCCACGCCAUAAGGUCAUGACUAAGGAUUUCACUGAUGGUGUACUACGCUCUGUGAAAUCAUUGCUACAGAGCAGAAAAGAAUUAUGUAACGUGUCCGCUGAAGACUGUUUAAGGCAGGAGGAACAGGACAAUUUUAUUGAGGACAAAAAUGGUGGGAUUUCUGAGUAUCUAACAAAAUCUAACAAGAUACAAGAGAGUAACCUCAUUGUCAAGAUCUUGCAGGGCAUAUUAGAGAUGAUAGUGGCCUUCAUGAAAUUUAAAUUUGCCUGUACAACCUAUACUACUAAGAAUCUCCGGGAUGCUGCUUCACAGACCAUCCCUGCUCAUUGUUUAGAAGCUAUUGACUCAAAGAUCAUUGUGAGCUCUGGGCGUCGAAAAUCAUCUGCCAAAUCUUCUGCUUCUCUGAUAAAUAUCUUGGGACUUAAAGAACUGUCUUCAUCUGUAAAGAAUUCAGUCACAACCUCUAUUUCUGAUCCUUGGAUACAGAGGAGUUUUUACAAGCCAUGUAAUUCCUCUGAUCAACAUGUUAAUGUUUUGCAUAAAACAUUGUUUUCUUCCUCUCCUGCUGAAUCAUCUGAGUCAGAUUGCUCCAGCCCUAGCCCUGUUAUCUUCUUAGAUGAAGAAGGGUAUCAAAAAAGCUUGAAGGCAAAACUUCAGCUACCAAAAAUUCCAGUAGUGAAAGAUGGUAUAGAGGACUCAGACUCAGAAGUAAGUGAAUUUUUUGAUAGUUUUGAUCAGUUUGAUGAACUGGAACAGACUCUGGAAAGUACUUGUAAACUUAUAAGGGAUCCCAUCCUUGGUAACCCACCCCAGAAGAGAAAGAUUGCCCUUGAACAAUUGUAUUCUAAAACUACUACUAUGAAUCCUCAAAAAUUCAAGUUUGAUCGUCCCACUCUUCCAGCCAAUGUAAGGAAGCCAACUCCUCGUAAACCAGAAUCGCCCUAUAGCAACCUCUUUGAUGUUCCAGACUCCCCUCGGCCAGUGAAAACAGGAGAAGACAAUGGAAGUUUGUUCAGCCCUAUAAGAUCAUCAGCUUUCAGCCCACUAGGGAACUGUGCUUCAACUGAAUGUCUUUGUCGGAUGGAUAUCAAUGGAGAUGGGCUUAAUCAAAAUCAUGAUACACUUUAUAGUGAAUAUUCAGAUUAUGCAAACAGUGUUUCAUUUGAAAUACUGGGUUCUGUUUUUCAUUCUCCGUCUACAUCACUACAGAAACAUGCUGAAAACAUUUCCAGCCUUAAUAGGAUUGUCUCAAAAGAGGGAAAAGGUCAAAAUGCAGAACUCCAGAGGAAAACUUCUGACAAGCCAGAUAAGAAAGUUAAAUCUAAACACAAAUCACUAAUGAUUAAAGACAGCAUACAAAAAUUUGCAACAGAACUGGUUGAAAAAAGUUUUGGUAGUGCAUUUAAAGACUUACAAAAAGGAGUUUCUUCAUGCACCAAUGCACUGUGUCACUUGGCUGCUAGAUUGACUUCUUCAGUCUUUCAAAUGGCUUUUUAUGAGAUAGGAAGGCGGCGAGCCUUGUCACUGAAGGAACGUGCCAUUAAUGGGCUAGCAAGCUUUAUGGUCAGUGAAGCUAUAACAAGUGCUUUAAAAGAAAUGCGAUACGUAAAGAAACAAAUAUUUACUAACACAGUUGCAAGAUUUGCAGCAGACCUCACUGAGGAACUUAUUUUUGAGGGAAUCAUGGAAGUCUGCCAGUUUUCACAUCCAUCAACACCAACGACUGCACGGGAUUGGCCCUUUGAUUAUGAAGACAAAGUAGUGAGAUCAUAUGCCAAAGAUUUGUCUGAAUCUGUCAUUCAGGAAGCUUUCAUUGAAUUAUCCCAGGUUGAUGUUACCUUCACAACGCAAGCAGCAAUUAGUGUUUCCAUGGACAACAUAAAAUAUGUAAGUGCAGAAAGUACAUUGCAGUCAACACAGACUACCACUACUUUUCCUAAUUUUCAUGAUAAUGCACUUUUAGCAUUGAAUCCAAUACAAGAAACUGGAAAAGAAUAUACUGUACAACAAGCCUUGUUUUGUACUUCUGGUGUUGUAAGUUCAAUACCAGUGCCCUUAGCUGGAACAGCACUUUGUCAACAUCAGACUUCAUCUGAUGUUUAUAAGGCAAAAGUAUGGACUUGUCCGACAGCAGAUGGCAGUCUGAAAAUGUACAAAGACGCUACACAGCCAUAUUUUACAACAAAAAAGAGAGAAGAGGAAGUGGCUUCUCUUAGAAAUAUUUACCUGACUGCAGAUCACAGUGAAAGUAGUGGGCAAUGUUUUUUUAACCAGAAUGAUUUCAAACAAACAAACAACAAUCCCGGAGUGAAUAAUAUUUCAGAUUUAACAACUGGGCCAACAAGCAUCAACAGUUUCUCUGGAACAAUGGUAGAUAUGAUAGUAAAUGAGGCGUAUGAAGCAAUAACCUCAUCUGGGGUUACCAAAACAGUGGAGGAAUAUACAGAUUUUGUAACUAGAAAAACACCUCGUUGUCAGCGUGUUGGUGGAGAUAUCCCUAAGAAUACUUUUGCUGAUCAUUUGUCCAAGUAUAUUGUAAAACAGUCUGUAGAUGAAACUAAAUCUAUAUUCUCCCACACAAAUGAGACUGUAGAAUGUAAUGGAGGCUUACAGAUGAACACAGAUAACUGUAAAAAAGAACUGCGUAGUGCAGUAAAGAAACAAGAAUCUGAGAAUCACAGAUGUGUUCCUAUAAUUGUGGAACCGCAACAGCUGCCUCUGAAUAACCCACCUAAUUUUCUUGUUACGUCAGUUGACUCUGCUCAGUGUUUACUUUCAGUACCUAAAGAUUGUGUUCAGGAACGUAAAGGAAAUGAAGUACGUAGGUUUUCUUCAAGCACUCCACCUCCUUGUCCUACUGUGACUCUCGCUAGGUGUAAUGUAGAAGAGUUUACUGAUUCAGGAAGCUGUUCAAUAAAAUCCCAAAGUAAACUAUUGAAAAAACAUGAUAUGCAAAAAACAACGCUAGCUCCUUCAGCUUUUGGGCAGGAGAGCUGUUUUCUACAUGCAAGUAACCUUUCUUUGGUGAUGUUUGGCUGUGAAGAUUCUUUUCAGAUGGAAGAUAAAUCAAGCAUCAGAGAUGGAAAUGUCUGUGCAGUACCUGAUACACCACCACCAACUCCUUUAGUACCAUCUCAGACUAGUUCUGAAUGGAACCUAAGGAAGCUAACCAAGAAACUCAAGGGAGAAUUAGCAAAGGAGUUUGCACCUGCGACACCACCUUCUACACCUUAUAACUCAUCUGCUGCUGCCUUGUCUGCAACUGAACAUGACUCCUUGGAAAAGGAAGAGUUUAUGCUGAAACUCAUGCGAUCACUUUCUGAAGAAGUUGAAAGCAGUGAAGACGAAGAACACUCUGAAAUGCUUGUGGAGAAAACUGAACAUUCAGAGAAAACAGUACAGUAUGCUGAUCAUUUAGCUGGUCAUAUCAUUUCUAUGGCAACUGAAAUGGCUGCUUCCCAUUUAGAUGAUAAAACAAUUAAAAGAGAAGCUGACAGACACUGCCAAUUAAAUGCACAAAACAAAAUAUGUGGGUAUACUGCCUUUAUAAAUAUCCCAGAAGAAACUUUACAUUCGUUGUGGAAUUAUGCAGGUGAUAUGGCUGGAAAGGUUAUCAGUGAGGCUAAGAAGAUGAUAAAAUCAAGGCAUUGCAAGCUGCUGAGGUUGAAGCGGGUUAACUGUCAUGUAGAUUGUCUUUCUCUCAGAAAAGAUGAUAGAGACUGUAGGUCAAAAGAGGGGUGGUGUCCGGUAGUAAACCAGUGGUCCAGAGAGGUAGAUUCAUCCGUACUUUCUUUACCUCAGAGUUUAGGAACAACCGGUCUGACUUACAGGUAUCCAAGCUGUGAGAGCGUGACCGAUGAAUAUGCAGAUCACAUCAUUCGAGUUCUGAAAAGGGAAGGUGGCAACAGUGAGUUAAUAAUGGAUCAGUAUGCUAGUAGACUUGCUUAUAGAUCUAUAAAAUCAGGCCUACAACAAGCUGCCAGGAAAAUCAAACUGACAUACAACAGAAGAAUAUUUCCUGUACAGAACACACAGGUAAAUGGUAGGCUUGAGCUGUUCAAAAUAUUGAACAAAGAUAUGGAUACAAAAUGGCAAAUGAAAAGUGGUGUUCAUAGGUGUGGAGGCCAAGCCUGUGAAAUAAACAAUGUACACAGAACUGAAGGUACAGAGUUGUUACAUUUUUCUGAAUCCCUUGCUCAUCGUAUAACAUGUGAUGUCAGAAGAAAACUGAAAAUGUCAGCAGUUUGCUUGCCAAAAUCCUUAACAGAUUCCUGUCUGUAUAGAAAAUCUAAAUUUGAUGAAGCCACAGGGGACCGCCUUAAAACAACACUGUCUAAAACGGUUCUUCCUUUCUCACAAAAACAUAAACUGUAUCAUAGCACAGGCAAUUUAAAUGAAUAUGGCUACCGAGAAGGCAUCAUUCAAGCUAUAGAAGAGUAUGCUAGAAAAGUAGUGGAUGACACCUUAGAAAUGAGUUUGGAGUCUGCUGUUCUCCAAGCUGCUGAAAACAGAAAAAAUGGGGAUAGAUUCACUUACACAGAAAAGUUGUCUCCAUUUUCUGGAACAGCCUGCAGAUACUGUAGUAUGAAGGAAUAUCAGUAUUGUACUGGAAGUUCAUCUCCACACCUGCCUGGACAAGAACCCCUCCCUAGAAUCAGGCAGAUCCCCAAUUCAGGGUUGGGUGGUGUCUGUCAAAAAUCAAGAAUUUUUCACCUUGAUAUUCCCAAAAUUCACAUUGACAUGGAACAGAAGACAGUAUUUUCUGAGAAGGUGGUUGGUGCAGCUAUUGAGAAAGCAGAGAGAGAGCUGAGUAACACAAGUCUGACAGCUGAUAGUGGUAUUGGAUAUGGUGGAGUCAGCUUUGCUGAAAGCCUUACUACAGAAAUAAUGACUUCAGCUAUGACUAAUAUUGGUCAGGCUGUUAACAUAAGUUCUAUGGGAAGAGAAGGGUUUCACUCAGCUGAAUCUAUAGUUAGCCAGCAGAUGAGUCUCAGUAUUGGUGAUGAUAGCACUGGCAGCUGGUCCAAUCUAAGCUUUGAAGAUGAACAUCCCGAUGAGAGCAGCAGUUUCCUCCACCUCAGUGACAGUAAUGGUAACAGCAGUAGCUGGAGCAGUCUUGGUUUAGAAGGAGAUAUGUAUGAGGAGAAUUUAUCCUUUCCAACAUCAGACAGUGAUGGAACAGAAGAUAAAGAUGAAGACCCCAAGGAUGUUGUAGAAGGUGUGGGGCAGGUAGGAAAGGCAUUGCUAAUAGUGAAUGUUGACAUGGAACCACAUAUGGUGGACCCCCAGCUGAGAACGACCCUGCAGUGGCUGGCGGCUUCUGAAACAGAGGUGUCUGAGCUUCGUUUUCAUGACACUGCUACGAAGGAAUUCAUUCUCCUUUCAAAAAGACUGAGAGAGAGAGACUGGAAAGUGGGAGAUCUCUUGCAAGCAGUGCUGAAAUACUGUGAAAUGAUGGAGAAGAUGUCUGAUGGGGAUAGACUUCUGAAUAAACCUUUAUUUGGCUGGCUUCUGGAAAAUGUCUGAAAAAUCCAAAGACCCAAUAUUCUUCCCUUCAUUUCUCCUUUAGAAGGAGACAUGAAGGACAA